CUGCUGCAAAAUAUUGGGCCCGCAAUGUUAAGAAGAGAAGAUGGCCGGAAGGAGUUUCGUGCCAGUAUUUCAAGGUUGUAGAUCAUUUCAUAGCGUAAAUAGAACCUUUAGAUAUGCAAUACGGACAAGAGUUUUCAGUAACGGAACGAUCCCUCCACUUAACGAGCCUCUGCCCAAUCUGCCAGCUCCCGGCAUGGUCGGGGGAACAGACCGGCAAAACCGGCAUGAUCACGUAACGCACGUUACUAACCUGCAAAAUGGCAUCAGAGUUGCGUCAGAAGACUCUUUUGGACAAUUUUCUACAGUUGGUGUUGUUAUUGACGCGGGCUCAAGAUAUGAGGUUGAUUACCCUGCUGGUUUAUCACACGUAUUGGAGAAGCUGGCUUUUCAGAGCACAAUAGAAUUCCAGAAUAAUGAUGAUUUCACACAAGAGUUAGAGAAGUUUGGAGGCAUGGCAGACUGCUCGUCAUUCAGGGAUGCCAUUAUUUAUGGGUCAUCUUGCUUUACAAGUGGCCUGCCAACAGUGAUGAAAGUUCUUUCUGAGGGUGUACUUCAACCCAGACUUACAGACCAAGAGAUUGAAGAACAAAAGAUGGUUGUGCAAUUUGAACUUGAAAACAUAGAAAUGAGACCUGAUCCAGAACCUGUCCUUACAGACAUGAUACAUGCUGCAGCUUUCCGUGAUAACACACUAGGCCUCCCUAAGUUGUGUCCAGCAGAGAAUAUAGGAAAGUUCAACUCUUCAAUUUUGCAAGACUACUUAAGGACAUAUUAUCAGCCAUCAAGAAUGGUUAUUGCAGGAGUCAAUGUGGACCAUCAACAUCUAAUAGACUUGACAAAUGAAUACUUUUUUAAGAAACCACCUGUGUGGCAUAAAGGAGGAGAGAAAUCUGCAAGUCCUGAUCAAUCUAUUGCUCAGUACACUGGAGGCAUUAUUAAGGACCAUAGAGCUGAACCCAGGAUAAACCCUGGCCCCACCCCACUGCCAGAGCUAGCCCACCUCUCCAUCGGAUUGGAAACAUGUCACUAUGAUGACCCAGACUUCUUUGCAUUCACUGUUCUGAACACCAUGAUGGGUGGGGGAGGAUCAUUUUCAGCAGGAGGCCCAGGGAAGGGCAUGUACUCUCGUCUUUACUUGAAUGUCCUCAACAGGUAUCACUGGAUUUAUGCUGCCACAGCGUACCACCACAGCUAUGCAGACAGUGGUUUGUUUUGCAUCCAUGGAAGUUCUCACCCUAGUCAGUUGCGUGACCUCACUCAGGUGCUUGUCAAGGAAUACUUUAAUCUUGUCAAUGGUUCAGUAAAUGAGGUUGAAGUAGCGAGAGCCAAGAAGCAGCUCCAGUCUAUGUUGAUGAUGAAUCUGGAAUCAAGAGUUAUUGUAUUUGAGGAUAUAGGAAGGCAAGUUCUUGGACUUAAUAAAAGGAAGUCUGCUCAAGAAUUAUUUCAAAGCAUUGAAAACGUUACAGUCGACGAUAUUAAGCGCGUCAGUUCCCGGAUGCUAGCAACCAAACCUUCCGUGGCGGCACUUGGUAACCUGGUCAAUCUGCCCAAAUUCGAAGACAUUCAACGUGCUUUUUCAAACGGCGGCCAUUUCAGCGGAGCUUCGCACUUCUUCCGGUUUAGGAACUAAUGGUGUCACUAAUGCGUUCAGAUUAUGACUUCAACUCCUCAUGUUCUUCGAUCAUGCAACCAUCCAUGAAUAUUUUGAGGCGGUGGCAACAUUUUUAUUGCAGUCUACACGUAGAAAAUCUUUCGGCCCUCUUCAGAGUUGUACAAGCUUGACAGUAAAUAGAGUGAAAAAGAGCUUCCUUUUAUCCUAUUCUACGCCAGUAUCAGCACACAGUCUUCUCGUUGUGUCGCUUUAUUCAAGUAAACACAUUUGAUAAAGCCUAUAAUAUUUCUUCUUGCCCGCGAUUGGUCGAAAAGCUCAACUAAAACUUGGAAAUAUCCGGUGAUAUUCCCCAACUUUCAAACCUUAAGAUUGAAUUCAAGGCGUAAAAUAGUUUUUAUUGAUAUCAUUGUUAUAAUUUUGAUAUUAUAAUCACAAAAGAAGAGACAGUCUUCUUAUUUAUGGAGUUGUUAGCACUAAGAACUUUUUAGAGUGAGCUGUCUGUUGCACGCACUGCAAUAUAUUUGACCUCCACUUGGUUUCUUACAAGGUUGGUACAUUGACUUCCCAUCAAAACUGUGGGAACAAACUGCUGAGAUUGCUUUCUUGCCAAACAGGCUUAUGUUUGCAGAAAGUAUGAUAUCAAAGGAAUAUAUAUAUAUAAAAGAAAAUUAAAAAAUAAAUAAAUAAAUAGAAAUGUGAGGUGCACGCAACAUACUGGCCGUGGUACUGUUCCCACACCCGCCUUGAAUAAUGCAUCAUGUCACAAUUAGUUUGUAUUCGGGUGUCUUGGAAUCGGAACCAAUGUUAAGUCAAUUUGCCAACACGACAAAUGUGAGUGCAAGAUUUAAGGGAAACCCAUGUGAUCAGCUAAGAUAACUUUUUGACACCUUAUGGUUGACUGUGUGAUACAAGCUAUACUGGAGCGAAAUGUUAGCAUUGCAACCAUUGAAGCUGAACAAGGGUUAAUUAACUUGUGGAUUAAAAGACAAGGCAACAUAGAUCAACAUA